AUGUCACCAUGCCUGCAUGAGUGUAUUUUCAAUGCGCGCAAAGUGUUGAGUGGCAAGCAACUGAAUGUGGAAAAUGCCGAGAGAAUGCUGCAGGAGUUGCUCGGCAAUAACAAGGACUUUGUCGAUGUCUAUUCAACGCAGAGCUGUUGCCGGUUUCCUGAUGUUAAUUUCAAGCCCUAUGAGAAGCGAUGUGGCCAUUUUAUGCUUGAUGGCUUACAUAUUUGGCCUUGCAGCUUUGAGUGCAUUUAUAAGGCUGCUGGGGUUCUCAAUGGCACCCAGCUGGUAUUGGAUAAAGUGGAUCUAAUGAUGGACCAACUAUUUAAGGAUCAACAGCAUUUGAAAGAUGUGUUUGUGGAGGGAUUCGUCAAGUGCAAGUCCAAGGAGGAGGAAAUUCUAAAGACCCUGAAACGUCGCCGUUUUCCGAAUAAAGCCAAAUGUUCUCCUCUGGCCAUGUUGUAUGGAAUUUGUGCCUACAAACAUGUAUUUAAUAAUUGCCCAAAUGACAAUUGGACCAACAGCAGCAUGUGCAAUCGCAUUAGAGCCUGUGAACAGUCCAGAUUGACUUAA